AUGCAGAAUAAUCCAGAUCCAAUGGACGAUAGACAUCCCUUAAAGUCUCAACCUUCGCAUCCUCUUGGUCACCUGCUAAAGAUGAUUACUCGUGUUGAGAGUUUCCUUGUAAUUUCCUAUCUUAUUGCUCGGGAUAAUAUUGAGAGAAAUGUCUUUGCUGCUCGACUCAUUAUCAAUCUUCUUCCUGGAAUUGAUACGAAUGUAGUUCUAGCGGAUGCUGAUUCUCUUAUCACACAACUUUUUCGUUGGGCGGAACAUUCGGAGUCACGUGAAUUGCGCACAUAUAGCAUGGCUCUUCUUGGGGCAGCAAUGGGCGCCGAGCAAGCUCAUCAAUAUAGACAGAAUAACACAGUGUUGAUUCCUAUAGCAUUGCAAAGACUUCGAGCUCUCCAUGCAGAAAUGCUUGAGAAUAAUCAAAUUAAGAGUGAUGAGUUUAUUGCAGGAAUUAACCAAAGGAAUAACAGCAAGGCUAAUCCCACAAAUUUUGCUCAUAUGCGGGAGUCUGAGAAACAUGAAAAAGAAUUUGCUUUUCCACUUAGACCUUUAUCCUCAAGCAGAAAACGAUCAGUUUCUUCUAGACGUAUUGAUGGAGUACAUUCGCCUCCUCCAAAACGUCUUCCACCUUCACCAACAUCACAUAAUGAUGAGAAACAAGAUUUGGAGGUUUCUUCAGAAUUUACUUCUUGCUCAACUGCUACAAAUAAUGUUGUAAGCCCUUCGUCUGUAGAAACUUUAAGAGAAGCAACAGGAUAUGGAAUUAGCUAUUAUGACGAAUCUCCGGGUGUUGGUUGCAAUAGCAACAGUAGUUGGCGUCAAACAAUGCAGCCAAUAAUUGUUGGAACGCACAAAUUAUUUCCUUUAACAAUUGAAAUGGAACAGCGAUUGAUCCUUCACUAUUUGGGGCCAACAAGCGAAUACCAGGAUAAUCUCUCAAUUGUGUUGGAACAUCAUGCUUUGGAUGUUGUUCUCUCGUAUUUGGCGGUGGACGGAUAUCAACAUACAUGUCGCGAUAUUCGUCUUCUUUUUGAUGCAAUUCGUUACAUAUCAUCACUUUUAAUUCAUCGGAAAUUCGCUUGGGAGUUUAUCUCAGCACAGGGUAUUCAGAAAUUGUUGAAAAUCAAUCGUCAAUCAUUGGCGCUCACGGCUGUCGCUACUUGUCUCUAUUAUUUGGCCUAUUCUUCUGACAUUAUGGAAAAGGUUUGUCAUUUACCUGAUUCCUUGCUAAAUGAAAUGGUCGAUUAUUCCUUAUAUGCAUUAGAUCAUAGUCAUGAGAGUGGUCGUGAUGGAUUACGUCGUCUCUACAACUAUGUUUCAACUCUCACGAUUCUCCAGCGUAAUGACAUUGAUGAGGAUGAUUUAAUUAAUGAUGAACAUUAUAUUCAAAGCAUAGCUACAAUUAAAAAUGCUAUAUUUGCAUUUAGAACUUAUUUAUCUUCUCAUGUCUUCCUUAAAAUGGAAAAUAUGAAGCAACGUUCACAGCUCGGGAAAAGUAGUCACCAUAUGCAUUAUUAUCAAGGCCGUCGAGUUCCGGCUAUUCCACAUGCCAUUCCAAAUAUUGCUCAUCCACAUUCUAAACCAAUGGCUUUAGAUGAAGAAACUGAGAAGGGAUGUAUUGAAUAUUUGUUACGUACUCAAUGUAUGUUACAACCGCAUCAUCACAAUUGGAAACCAGUGGAAGAUAUGCGCGUUUUGGGUGUUUUCCGUUUGUUAUUUACUCUUAUUUCUAAAUACCCGGACUGGUGUCAUUGGGAACGACAAGGAAAGGCAGAUACACUUAAACUUGUUUUGGAGGUUUUGCGUUUGGCAACAGUUUCUCCUAAAGUUCAAUUGGACUCUUGUGAAACGAUGAUGAUUAGGCACACACCGAUGCAGGGACUCGGUCUCAUUCUGGAAAUGGCAGAUGGAGAACUAAUUAAUGAUUCGCAAAUACAACGUCUUUCUCUUGAAAUUCUUAACAAUUGUUUAUGUAGCCCAACUGAUCAGGACAACUAUCUUGGACUGCAUUAUCGUUUUACUUGUGAUUUUGAUCGAGACAUUCUCCCUAAAGAGUUGUCUGAUAAAUUGUCUGUUGUUUUCGAUAAGCCAAGCGAAGUUCCACUAGUUCCGACAGCGCCCUUGAAUAGUAAUGUUGUUAGUCUUUUCUCUGGUCAGAGGCCAUUAGUAACAAGAACAUCGACAAUUCCACAACAUGUGACAGCUGCAGAAUCCACUGUUAAUAAAGAUAAAGGAGUCAAAUUAUUCCUCGUACCUACGCAAAUUUUGCAUAUUCUUUGGAAAUGUGCGCAACAAAAUAAUGCAAUAAUGGUGUUAACGUCCUUGUUACAUAAGCAAAGCCCGGCUACGGAAGCGGAUUUAAUUCGAGAGCUAGCUUGUAGAGCAUUAAAUGGUGUUGCUCGUUUUGAACCAAUUCGUCAGAUUCUCUCUAAAUUGCCAAUUAUUGCUGCAAAUGAAUUGAAUGCCUUAAUGCAAACACCAAUUUUAUUGGAAAAACGUAUUGAGCACAAUCGUUUUUGUGAGCAGGCCCGUCAUUUGAUUGAAUGUGUUAGUCAAACCAAAUUACAGGACUUUACAGCUAUGACAAUGGAAAUGACUCAGGAAAAUCUAUGGCGUUCAGCUGUUGUUGCUCAAACUCGGAUUAAAUUUAAUGAAAAGGAGCUUUUGCAACUUAUCUACCAACAUUUAACUGAUAUUGGCUUUAAAAAGACAGCCAGACAAUUACAAACAGAGGCAGAAUUGCCUAAUUUUCCAGCAAGUCGUAUUCCUUCUACACCUGCUUCUUUGCCUGGAUUUCCUCGUCAAAAUCCAACUUCGUUUGCAAAUGUUAUUGCACGACGCAUUUUGAAAUUUGAUGGGAAUAUUGCGCAAAUAGCCAAUAAUGGUUCUAAUACGGAAACUCUUCCCAUGUCAGUAGCUAAUGCAUCUGCAACUCGUUGUCAUUCAGCACUAACCAACAAUACAACUAUAAUUGGCAACCGAAUUCCAAUGAAAAUUCAUAUGAAUACAACAAACACUCCAACAGCUAUCGGCAAUUCAUUGCUUCCUUUCUCUUCUGCUAGUUAUUCUGAUGGCCGAACUCCGUUAGGACAAUCUUCAGUUACAUCAACUCCAGGACCAUCAAUUAGCACUUCUAGCAUUUCGUUUUCCUUGAAAGUUCGACCACAUAAAUCCCUUAGUGAUAUUGUUCAUUCUUACUUUCGCAACGAACAUGCAAUGUGUCGAAAUCCGGUAGCAAAUUGUCCUCCCUUUUCUUUAUUUUAUCCUCAUCGUUGUCCCGAACCUAAAUUAUUAUAUUCCCCUCCCUCCAAUUUUGUCAAUCGCCUUCGUUAUCGCUCUAAUCCGCCAUAUAGAUGCACAAUGGAAGCAUUGAGGAGAGAAGAUCGACGCCUUGUUUUCAGCAAAUUUAGACAAUCAAAAACUUUUAUUGAAGAAAACGAAACCUUUACAUGCUGUCAACUUUCGCAUAACGAUGAGCAUGUUUUUCUUGGAACUUAUGCGGGUGAAAUGUUUGUUUUUAAUAUGAGAACUGGUGUUGUGGAUUCAAGCUAUACUUGUCAUCAUUCCUCUAUAACUUCUAUUCGUCCUACAAAGGAUCGUUUAAUGCUUACAUCAUCAGCUUUUGUCAAACCAUUUUCUAUUCUUUGGCGCCUAGAAUCUAACGGUAUUUCAAUGAGUGAGCGUUUGACAGAAUUUAAAGAAGACCAAUUUGUUGAAUUUGGAAAUCUUUCAAACAAUCAAAUUGUUGGAACACAAGGUCCAAAGGCAUUUGUUUAUGAUACAGAAACAUCCUCUCCUGUUGUUGUUCUUUUUGAUGAACGUCUUGCAAAUCAUUAUACUCGUAAUCAUGCCUAUUUUGACCCAAUGGAUGAAUUAAUAUUAAAUGAUGGAAUUCUCUUUGAUCCAAGAAUUGGUCCUCAUGCUAGAGUUGUUCAUAAAUUUGACAAAAUGAAUUUGGAUAAUAGUGGUAUUUUUCAUCCACGUGGCACGGAAGUUAUUAUUAAUAGAGAAGUUUGGGAUCUUCGUACACGUCGUUUAAUGCAUACUGUUCCGGCAUUAAACCAAUGUCAAUUAGCCUUCAAUCCCACUGGUUCUAUUAUGUUUGGAAUUGUUCAUCAAGAUGCUGCUUCAGAAAUUGAUGAUCGUUUUUUCCACAUUUUUGGCAAUUUCUUUAGAACUUUUGAUUCUACAAAUUAUGAGGUAAUAUCAACUCAUGAUACCCGAAAACCUCUUCUAGAUUUGUGCACUAGCCAUUCCGAUAAUUUUGUUGGUGUUGUGGAAAUUAGUCGAAAUUCAGAUGAAGAUACAAAUCUUUUUAAACUUUACGAAAUUGGACGUCGUCGUGAAGUAGAUGAAGAGGAUGAUGAUGAUCAGGAUGAGGCAAAUCCUGAUGAGGAAGAAGAUGACGAUAUUUAUUCUUCAAGCACUGCUGAUACAGUGAGUUCAGCCGGGACAGUACGCAACGACGAAGAUGACGAGAGAAAUUCAGAUAGUGGAGGAGAUCUGUCAACACAAAGCAUGAAUGGCGAAGACUUAUUUUCUGCUAAUGGAGAUGGAUCGAUGAGUGAACAAGAUGACGAGGAUAAUGACGAGCAUCAAAUUGGUCUUGGAGAAUUGGCAGGUGCUGAAAUUGAUUUUGAUGAAGAUGAUGAUUCUUCUUAUUCUGAUGAGGACUUCCCAACUGAUUCAAACGAUGAUUACUCACCAUAAAUUAUUAUUUUUUUGUUUCUUUUCUUUUUGUUUUUUUUCUGUGUAUUGCUCG